AUCAUCCUGUGGGGUCGAACUGAGAAAUGCCUGAAGGAGACCACAGAGGAAAUCAGGAUGAUGGGGACAGAAUGCCAUUAUUUCAUUUGCGAUGUAGGAAAUCGAGAGGAGGUCUAUCGGCAAGCCAAAGCUGUGCGGGAAAAGGUGGGUGAUAUCACUAUCCUGGUGAACAAUGCUGCUGUGGUCCAUGGUAAGAGCCUGAUGGACAGCGAUGAUGAUGCACUGCUCAAAUCACAACAUAUAAACACCCUGGGACAGUUUUGGACCACCAUAUUCCUGCCAAGGAUGCUGGAAUUGCAGAAUGGACACAUUGUUUGCCUGAACUCUGUCCUGGCCUUGUCAGCCAUCCCUGGUGCCAUUGACUACUGCACUUCGAAAGCCUCGUCCUUUGCCUUUAUGGAGAGCCUGACCUUGGGGCUGCUAGACUGUCCUGGAGUGAAUGCCACAACAGUCCUGCCCUUCCACACGAGCACAGAGAUGUUUCAGGGCAUGAGAAUCAGGUUCCCUAAUCUUUUUCCUCCUCUCAAGCCAGAGACAGUGGCUAGGAGGACAGUAGAAGCUGUUCAGAUGAAUCAAGCCUUCCUGCUCCUUCCAUGGACAAUGCAUGUUCUUGUCAUCCUAAAAAGCAUUCUCCCUCAGGCAGCACUUGAAGAAAUCCACAAGUUUUCGGGGAGCUAUACCUGCAUGAACACUUUUAAAGGACGAACAUAGACUUGGUGGUGCAAGGACUGUUCUUCAGUGAACCCAACACAAGCUUGAAAAUCCUGACAAGACUGUGAAUCAGCAGUCUUGGCUUUUAGCCUGUUCACGUGACUUGCGCUGCUCUGAGGCAACACAUUUCUUGCAGGUCAUAUCCAUAGUAACAUGACCUUUGCACAGGAUUGAAUGACUAGACUAUGGACCCUUGGAAAGAAAAACAAAAAGUGUGAAAUGUUUAUAUGAUGUUUAAUUCUUUAGAGUUCAAUUGUUAAAUUUACUCAUAGUUUUAAGAUGUAAUUUUUGUUUCUAAAGUGUCUGUAGGCUGUCUCAGCUGAGCGGCAGCACAUCACACCCCAUACUUUAUCCCCUCCCUUCAGAGGAACUGCAGCUACAAACUGCCACUGGUUUCAUUUCAGCUGUUUGAAUGAGGAACUUAAAAAAUACUUUGAAGAACUAAAAGUUAUGGACAUUUAAUGAAAGUUUUUUUCCCUUCCUUCACUUUACAUCCGUUGAUGAGGCUGUUCC